AUGCACGCGAGGCGUUGGCCUGACCUCCCGCCGGAUCUGGUCUGCGAGGUCUCCAGCCGCCUGCACGACGUCGCCGACUUCGUCCAUUUCCAUGCCGUCUGCAAGCCAUGGCGCGCCUCAUGGUCUGGGAGGAUGACUGCGGCUACCCAGUUCCUGCCCUGGCUCAUCGCCGCGGAGAAGGAAGACUCGAUCCACCUCGGGCUGAGAUGCCUUUCCUCCAAGUCGAACUACCGUGCGCAGUCGCCGUUAUCCGUGCCCCAGCGGAACUGGGUGACAAGCUCAGGAGGCACCGCUGUCCGGUGCCUAACCAUCGAAGGUCAACGCCCUGUCCUCUACGACCCCUUCACCGGAGCCGCCACGCACCUACCUCUCCUCCCGCUCGACGUGCGCCAAUGGGAGAAGAAGAUCAAGCCCCACGGCGUCGUCUACGGCGACGGCACAGCCCUUCUCUACGGCAUCUCAUACGACACCUACGACAACGACACUGUAGAGUUCAGGGCGGCGCUCCUUUGCCCCGGUGACGUAGCAUGGACCGUCGUCCGCAGAACCAUUGAGCGCCCCGGUUCGCCUCGGCAGCUUCGUGGAUUCUGUGUCGCGUACCACGACGGCAAGAUCCUGGUCAACGUGGAGGCUGGUGUGUGGCACGCGGUCGUGCCCGACGGCAAUGCCGCUCACGACUCGCUUGUCCCGAGGCACGGAACACUGGCGCUGCUGCUGAGGUACCGCGAGUACACCUACGUCCUCGAGUCCCACGUGCAUGCACUCGAGGAGCAGUUGGUGUCAACUUCGCCGGCGCAAAAGAAGAUGAGAUGGGUGAGGAAAGAUGGUCUUAGCCUGGCCGACCGUGUUUUGUUCCUAGGGUCACCCAACAGCUUCGCUAUGGAUGCCGCGCGGCUAGGCAAACACUAUCAUGGCGGAUACGCCUACUUCAUCAACCACACCUACGACUACGAGUUGUAUGGCAUGUUCAGGUGCAAUCUCGUUGGUGGCGAGGGUGAACUCAUCGAGAGGCUGCCUCCACAUUGGGAUGACAAUUUUUGCACGUGGUUCAACCCGCAAUCCGUCGUCAUUGCUCCAGUUCAAGUAACAACGGAAAUCAGCGAGAGGUCGGCGAAGGAUACAAAACUGAAGGAGCAGCAACCAGAGGAAGCGGUCCCAAUACACACAAUUCACAUUGAGAGACAACGCUUGCCUAGCCUCAGGCUGCUGGUGCGCAAUCUGCCACUCAACGUGAAGAGUGAACAGCUACGACUCGUCUUCAGCGAGCACGGUAAAGUCUCUGAUGCAAAGGUGAUCCGCUAUAAAAAGACUGGGGCCUCACAGGGUAUAGGCCAUGUGACCAUAGAGAUGGCACAUGCCCAUCAGGAUUGUGCUCUCAUGGCUCUCAAUGAGCUAGUUUUGGAUGGUUGCAGUCUCGAGGUUAGUUUGAUCAAGGAGGGGCAGCCACGGCGACGGCGACGUCAGCGUAGAUAUAUCUAAAAACUUUGAAUUUUAUUUUGCAUGUAAUAAAAAUGAAUAUAUGCAUGCAACUCAGCCUGGUACUAGCAACCACCUCUUGCUAAUACGGCGCCAUGUAACCAUCGCUCGCUUCCUUUUGGCCUUGAA